ACACUAUGCAAGGAAGCAGGCACUCUAUGCCGGCCUCGCACUGUCAAUGGCAAUGACUCAGAUGAUACAUUUCUUGCCGGAGAAAGCUAUGUCCAGACACUGAAGAGGAGUAUCACUCAGCUUGAUAGCCAGCGUCAACACAAGAGGCAGCGAACCGGCUCACCUUCUUCCGCACCAGUGGCUCCAAGCAACGCGGAUCAACUUGGUAAUGCGCAUAACGCUACCGAUAACGUGUCAGUCCACAGCGCUCUCGCCGAUCUGACACACUUCGGGCUCAACACAACGCCUCGUGAUCAGACAGGAAAUCAGUCAUCGGCGCAACCCUUCUCGCUUUGGAGUCUGGCUCAGCGUGCCACAUCAUGGGCACAUACUGGCUCAGUCAGUCUUGAUGCAUCCCAGGAUACAUUACCUGCUUUGCUGGAGCUUCGUAACUUCUCAUUCGAUCUCGUAGUAUCGAUCGUUAAAGACUACGAAAGACAUGUGCUCCGCACCUAUCCCUUCAUUGCUUCGACCACACUCAAGAAACAUCAUGAAAAUUUCGUUGACGAGGGUCUUGAAGCCACCGGUAAUUACAGUGCUCUGCUGAUGGCAUUCAUCAUCUCCACGGGCUCAAACAAAAAUGGUGCUUCUCCGAGUAUGGAACUGCUUGCUCUUCAGGCCCGCUCAGCCCUGCUGCAGUUGUGUACGAAUACGCGAGAGACAGAUGCCGUCUCUUCGAUGCAAUGUCUUGUAGCUGCGGCACUCAAUGCACUUUAUGGGAUAAAUGUCGAAUCUGCAUCGUAUCUUGUUGGAUUGGCACUGGCCAAAGCUAUUGCGCUAGGCUUCCAUCGCACGCAGUCUCAAGAUCUGAGUCAAGAGAAAUGGCGGAUAAUGUCUGUACUCUAUGUUCUGGACAGUUCGAUCAGCUUCGUUCUCGGUCAGCCAGCUCAGAUAGCUGAUGGUGACAUAUCGCCCGAAACCUUCGAGCCCAAACCUGACUGGGUUGGAGAAGACAUUCAGUUGCUGAAGGAGCAGCUCCAGCAUGCUCGCCUUCUGACUAGACUGAGAAGAAGCACUGGCCGACCAGCCAUGUACUUCACCACGGCAUACGAAUCGUGGUGUGACUCAACUACACUAAAGAACUUCACACCAUCGGCGACUGAGGGCUCUGAUCCUCUAUUCUUGCAACUCCGGAUCCGAUUUCAUGUCGUAGCAUUUCAGCACUUGCGUACAGCCAGCAACGAGCAGUCCCUCAGACAGAAAGAUCGCCAUGCAAAGGCUGCGCUUCACGCUUCCCAUGAAUGGCUACAGUCCCUAGAAAGGCGCCAGGACGAAGAAGUCGGCUUUUGGUCCAUCCUAGAUGCAUACGAGAUCACGGCUGUAGCGAUCAUGUGCACUUGCUUGCAGUCUGGAAUUCAAGACAUGCCGGAAGGCGUUAUGCUAUGCCGCAAUGUGCAGCUUCUUGCUCUCUCCUUACUCAGCUACCUCUCGGCACGAAGCCCCGCCGCUACAAUUAUGCGAAAGGCUGUGUCGACAAUUUGCAAUGCUCAACGGAUCAAUAUCGAGCACGAAGGCGAGAAGAAACUGCCGCGCAAAUUGAGAGACUUGCUGCAAAUCUACAACAGUACUCUUGCUGUUGCGGAGGGUGAAAGAGCCGCGCCACUGUAGUACUGCGAUUGCAGCUCCAUUUGUCACAGCACUUGGAAACACCAACAGUCGGACUCGAUUGCAAGGCUUCAUCGCUAAUGGUCAGACACGGAGAUCCUGUGCUGUGGAACGACCACAUGACCCGGAAAAUGGGGUUGACCUUAGCCAGAUGAAUGCAGGCCUGCAGCCCACUUUGGGUUCCGCAAAGCUCGACUCAACCAGUCGGACAUCUUCUCGGAGUGCAAAGCCUUCCUGGAACGGGUAUGGUUGAUUAGAUCGACCUCCGUAGAGGGAUAUAAGCUUUGUGCUACAGGGCUUGUACAAUGAAGCCUGCACAUGAACGAUCAGAUGACACUCUAGGCAAAAACUCGGGUCAGCAUUUUUGAUUUCGGCACCCUACUCCGCGCUACUUGGUGUCUAUAGUGCAGACAGCUGUCUCGCCAGUGAUCUUCACAGCCGGUUUAUUCGAUAAGCGCGUAGAAUUGGUCGACCACAAUGGCGAUGUUCGAAUGCUUGUCGUUUAGACUACCUGCGGUGUUGCCCUGCGACAAUCUACCUAGACCAUGAACCCUCAUAAGCACUUGCGGAUUUGAA